AUGUGGAUGACUAUUUUGUUGGAAUUUGUGCUAACCAUUGCAGGAACUCUGUGUCAGAAAAUUACACUGGAUGCGUUGCAGAAAGUAUCGCCUUGUACCACUGGCUUAAGAGCAGAGAUAGACUGGAUUUUUAUCAAUGGCACAGUUACUAACACAGACGUUAUUGAACUGGGCAGGCACAGUGCAGUUACUAUUCAAGUUAUAAAUACAAAAGGAUUUGAAUCCCUUCCACCGUGCAUUGCCUAUAUAACUACACAUGAUUGUAAGUAUCCGAACCUCACCAGAUUGUGUUACUGCACUGAUAAAAACUUAGCAACAGGAAUGGCUCGUUUUGUGGCGAAUCUUGAAGCAUGGGUAGUCCACAGUGAAGGAACAGCCAGAGCAGUGUGGGAAUACAACCUAACAUAUAGAAUAUAUUCUGAAAAUAAUGUGACCUUGUGGAAAAUGUAUGAUUUACAAAAAGCUCAGUUGAAUCUAACUGUUUAUGGUGUGAUGGGAAACCUGUCUAUACCUGGAUCAUGCAACUUUAGCCUGACACUAAACAGAUCAAAUCACUUGAGAUUGUGCUGCUUCAACACACCCACGCCAUGUUAUCCUAGGAUUUCAUUUGGAGGGGAUGCUGUUAGUAGCGAUUCCUGUGUUUCAUAUCCAACCGUUCCACUACCUUCUGAUGGAGUUACAAGAGAUCUAGUUCUCUCAUUCUCCGCGUGUAAUCAGGUGGAGAAUAUUGCAGGAGAGAAUUGUCAAGUGACCACAACAUCAG